AUAAUGAUAAUUUUAAAUAUAUGAUUUAUUUUUAUUUUAAUAUUUAUUAUUGGUAAUUUUAUUUUUAUUUCUAAAUAUAAGCAUUUAUUAAUUGUUUUGUUAAGUUUAGAAUUUAUAGUAUUAAGAAUUUUUUUUUUUAUAUUAGUUUAUUUAAUAAUAAUUGAUUAUGAUAUAUAUAUAUUAAUAGUAUUUUUAGUUUUUUCAGUUUGUGAGGGGGCUUUAGGGUUAUCAAUUUUAGUUUCUAUAAUUCGUACUCAUGGUAAUGAUUAUUUUCAAAGAUUUAAUUUAUUAUAG